AAACUUUGGUGUCUGUCUGUACCGACUAGAAGAGUAUCAUGUUGAUUAUAAACGUUAUUCUCUUCCUGUCGGCAAUAUGUUUAUCUGCGAACGUCGCGACUUCAAGUAAAGCUUACGUUACAUCAAUAACGUCUACGAAAUCGAAACGUCGUGUCGUAGACUCUGGCUAUGAUAACCAGGAAGAAUCCAAAGAAAUUCAUACCACAGCGAGAAUUCCGUCGCUUCAGGAUAUUAACUCGAGAUCAUUGCCUUAUUAUACAAGCGCCGCGACAUCGACCGCCGCUCAGACAGUCUCUAACGGCAAUUUGAAUCACGGAUCUGGUUCUCAUGCGUAUGGCAGUGUGCCAAAGCGGCCGCUCUCUUACAUUCCGGCUUCUACUCAGCAGACCGAAUCUCUUCGGAACAGCCCGCUCGCUCCGUACUUCGACAUAUUGAAUAAUCCGAACGCGUACAGAGCUACGACGAGCGACGAGAAGUCGCUGGAUGCACCGAAAUCGAUCGCGUCGCCAUCGAUUCAGAAAUUGCAAGGUAUCUACUCGCCUAGCUACAAUGCAUUCCAUCAGGACAAACCGAUCGAAUUAUCGGGUUUCUCCGACUUCGAAUAUCCGUCGUUCGCCAGCAUUAAUAAACUUAUCUCCCAAAGCUUUCCGAGCGUCUCCUCGUCUCCCGCGGUACAAGUGCCACUCUAUAAAACAAGUUAUCCUCUAUCAAAAGUUGCCGACUACCCUCACGUUUACGCGCAGAGCUUUCCGAUGAUGUCGACCGCCACUUUGUCGUCAGACAAAACGACGCAGAGCACGAAGCAGAAAGACGAAGCCACUGUAGACGUGAACGGUAAGAAGAUCUCCGUCCCGAUCAUUCAACUUCAGAGCAAUCCGGAUCUCUCUGGAGUUUUACCGGUCUUCGAAAACCAGCCGUUUCUCGUAAGCGCAAACUACGCGGUCGACGACUUGGGAUUUAACUUUGGCGCGACGCCAAAAUUCAACACGGCUCUUCAAUCGAGAAAAGUUUCGCCGUUUUUAUCGCCUUUAUCGAGUUUCCAAGGUCACGUUGUGCCAAUUCAGACGGCCAACGGUAGUCCGCAAUUCCCGCAGUACAAAGGAGCUGUCGUAGAAGCUUACCCUGUCCCAACUACCGUUCCAAAGGCACAAGGAAGUUAUGAAUCCCUUUACAGUCAACCACAAUUGCACUUCGGCAAAGAACAUCGGGGUGACGUGGAGUCCGGUAACAUACAACAGAAUACUGUUCAUCCUUCCGUGUCAACGGAUGAUAUUCUAGAAGACGCUGAGGUUAUCAAUCCUAAAAAUCCGGAACCACACAAACCGCAGCCUGACGAAGACGACAGAGAUGAUGAAAGAUACAAACAGCCGGAAAAAGAAUAUGAAAGUUCCGAAGAUGACGAUGAUGAGCAGCAAUCUAAAAAGUUUAAAGAGCCACCGACGGAAAGCGACUUCAAGCCUUCGAUGUCUUUCCCCUUUAAAGAAUACGACGAGAGAUUCGGAAAAUAUAGAGCGCAAAGUGACGAGGAUCCCGACGAUGAUAAUUCAAAUUCGAGAUAUAAGAAUUAUUCGUCACCGAGCAAUGAUGAAGAGGAGGAAAAUUCGUCAUCGGACUAUCGCGCUAAGUACGCCGAACUUCCAAAAACGUCGUCGCGCGACUCGUACGAAGAAGAAGACGAAGAGGAGAGUCGCAAGCACGAAGAAAAACGCGAAGAAACCGAAGAGGAUUCUUACGAAGUGGAACCGAAACAUACGAAAUAUUACGGGAAAGACUUGGAGCAGGAAUUUGAAGAAUCUUACAGAAAAGAACUACCGAAACAGAAAUACGUGCACUUGAAGGAAGUGCCAGAAAUAGAUAGUCACAACAAUCCAGUGGUUCGUAAACGACAACAAAAGAAUAAAAAUCGAUCCCGCGGAAAUGAUGAGCAACGUGAGGAGUCGAAGAGACAGGAAUCACAGACUUACCGAAAAAAUCGUAAAGUUCCCAGGACUGGUUACAGAGACAUUGCGGCUUACGCUUCAGACAUCUCCGUUCAAACGACGCCCAAAGUGAUUUACGAAGAGGCUUUCGGAUACAAAAAUCCAGAAACCGGCAAGUAUUUUAAGCGCGCGAAAACUAAUGAGAAAUACGUGUCGCCUAAGAAAUCGCCAAAAGAAGAUAGUUAUUUUCAUGCCGCCAAGUACUACAAACACUUGUCGAAAAAUAAUGAUCCGUACUUGUCUUCGAGCAACUGGAAAGCGAGCAAAACCCUAGCCGAAGAAACGGUCCUUCGUUCGAACGUGAGGCAAUUGUCGGAUCCUCGCAGCGAAACUUCCUUUUAUGGACCGAGCGCGGUGAGAGGACACGUGCGUUCUCUCACGAACGCAGAAAUUCUUCGUGAUCUGACGGGAAUUUAACCGAUAAAGUGUAACCAAAUACUUAUGGAAAAUAAUGUUAACAUUAAUGUUAAUUUUAGACUAAAAUUUUUCCGUCGCUCAUAGUUAUUCUUACUUUCUCGUUACA